AUGCGUUUCGACAUUGUAUCUCUCACGGUUGGCUUUGCCGCCACUGCCUCAGCUCAGUGCUAUGGCAACUACUUUAGCUUCUACAACCGCAACGGUCCGGCUAUGAGCUACCAGCGUCUUGACCCCGGUCUGUUCCCCGGAGCUGAGAGCCCCCAUCUUCACUCCUUCGACGGAGGAAACGGACUGAAGCAGACGGUCGACUAUGCCGGCCUCCAGGACUCAUCCUGCUCCACUGCUCGCGUCAAGAGCGACAAGUCUCUGUACUGGCGCCCUACCUUGUUCUACAAGAGCGACGCCGGUUUCCAGCGUGUUCCCGAGAAGGCAACCAAGAUCUACUACAAGUAUGGUGAUGGAAACAACUGGGCAAACGUCACUGCAUACCCAAAGGGUUUCAACAUGGUUGCUGGAAGGCCCAACAGGCGCAGCAACAGUGACGACAACGCAGCCGGUGUCCGCUGGGGCUGCCACCAGCCCGACGGUGGCGAGACGGCUAUCUUCGACAACGGUUUCCCCAAGGGCUUCACCUCUUGCAAGUUCGGCUUCGCCUCUGAGGUCACCUAUCCUUCUUGCUGGAACGGACAGCCCAUGGACCCCAAAGAUGGCUAUGCCCACAUGGCCUACCCCAACGGCAACAGCGGUGUUGGUAUUGAGAACUGCCCCGUCACCCACAGAGCCGCACGCUUCCCUACUCUUUUCAUCGAGUACUGGUGGGACAUUUCAUCGUUCAAGUUCGGUCCUGAUGAGGCUCCUUGGGUUCUCUCCAACGGUGAUGCCACUGGCUACGGCUUCCACGCUGACUUCAUGAACGGAUGGGACGAAGGUGUCCUCGACAAGGCCAUCAGCGAGAACGACGGCUGCAAGUGCGGCUGUGGCUGCGGUCAAGAACAAAUGGAGCAGUGCUUUGGCUCCGCCAACGUCAACAAGGACAGCGAUGACUCCUGGGCAAACUGCUCUGCCGCCGAGUCCCGCAUGUCGUACGACACAGAGAUCCUAGACACCCUCCCAGGCUGCAACCCCGUCCAGUACGGUCCCGCCUCUGCCACUCCUGCCUCCGGCGCUGGCUGCAACGCUGCCCCAGCUGCCCCUACCGGCAACAAGAGCACUCAAGCAGCCUCCUCCCCAGCUGCAACCCAGACUCCCUCCGGUAACACCUCAGCCCCCGCCAACUACAAGUCUACCUCCAAGGCCUCUCCCGCCGUAACCCCCGACGCCACCCCCGAAGCCGCCAGCUCUCCCACCGUCUACCCCUCCUACGCCGCCGGCCUCCCCAACAAGGGCGGCGACUGCAAGCCCCCCGUCACAAUCACAUACACCCCCACCGUCACCGUCACCGCCACCGCUGCAAACGUCGCCGACGCAAGCAUCUGCACUGGUGCACCGACUGUGUACGAGACCUUGACUGAGACGGUUACUGUGCAAGCUUCGGGAACCAAGGAGACUCCUGCCUCGUACUAA